AUGUGGAGGAACAAGCUCAUCACGACCGAGGCCGUCGACCGUGGACACUACUCUCGGCAGAUGCCGUAUGAGGACUCGCCGCAGCCCAUCGGGUACGGCGCCACAAUCUCGGCGCCGCACAUGCACGCCAUGGCGGUCGAGAGCCUGCUCGACUACAUCCAGCCGCGGCCUGGCAACCCGGCGCCGCGCGUGUUGGACAUUGGGUCCGGGUCCGGCUACCUCACGCACGUGAUCGCGGAGCUGGUCGGUCCCAAGGGGACCGUGGUGGGCGUAGAGCACAUACCCGCACUGCGGGACCUCGCCGAGCAGAACACGAGCAAGUCUGACGAGGGCAAGGGGUUGCUUGCGUCAGGACGUCUCAAGUACCGCGUCGGCGACGGGCGCAAGGGCUGGGUCGAGCCGGAUGAGGACUUGCGCCAGGAGGAGAUGGAGACGGUCGCCGGCAGGGGGAAAGGGUGGGAUGCUAUACACGUCGGAGCGAGCGCCGUUGAGCUGCACGAGGAGCUGAUCAACCAGCUCCGGGCGCCCGGGAGGAUGUUUAUCCCGGUUGACGACUCGCCCGGGUCAGAGAGGCAGCACAUAUGGGCGGUGGAUAAGGACGAGCAGGGGAAUGUGAAACGGCAGAGGCUGAUUGCGGUGCGUUACGUGCCGCUGAGGGAUGCACCGGGUCAGUGAUGGUUUGGCAUGAUUCGUUGAUUUGGUAUAUUUUUGGGAGGCACUGCAGUUGAAUCGACUGGACUGUGUUGACUGCUAGAGUUGAUACAUAUGCUUGCCCCUUGAACGAUUGCCACGUUCCCAACGAGACCUGUUCUGUUUUUGUACAGCCUAUCGUCCUUGUGUCGCAGCGAUUGCCAAGCAUCAAUGAGAGGAUGAUGAACUCAGUACUUGCAGCACACAAAGUUGUUCCCACCAGGGCAGACAGGGUCUUUUUGUGAAGAGAUUUGAGACAUCCUAGUCAGUAACGGGCAGAAAAGAGUACGUAUGCUAGCAACCAUA